CAGGACUAGAAGACUAUGGCCAAAGAAAUGGGAUGGUUGAUUUUGACGAUCAAGAUCAUUUUACCUCAGCAGGACUAGAAGACUAUAGACGAAAAAAUGAGAUUACCGAUGCAAAGAAUAAA